AUGACUGUGGUAGAGUUUUUCGGCUGCAGCUUCCUAGCGUUCGGUCCACCGGUGGCUAUGUUUGCGCUUACGAUAGCACACGAUCCGAUACGCAUCAUCAUCCUGAUCGCUGCCUCAUUCUUCUGGCUUGUAUCGUUGCUGCUUUCUUCCACCGUGUGGCUAGCAUUCCAUCCCCUAACGUCACAAGUUACCUUCGGAUUGAUAUGCUCCGUCUUCAUUCAGGAAGGAUUCCGAUAUCUCAUGUACAAGGUGCUGCGCAAGACGGAAAGCGGCCUGCAGGAAGUAACGGACAUUGUACGCAUCGCCGACUAUCGACACAUUCUGUCGUACGCUUCCGGGCUCGGGUUCGGCAUUAUCAGUGGAGCAUUUUCCUUGGUAAACAUACUGGCUGAUUCGGUCGGUCCGGCUACGGUUGGGCUGAAGGCGGGAUCGGACGUGUUUAUGCUGAUCAGUGCGGCUCAGUCACUAGCCAUGAUACUGCUGCACACCUUCUGGAGCGUAAUCUUUUUCAACGCUUGUGAUGUGAAAAACUACUAUCACAUCGGUUACGUAGUGACAAGUCAUCUGUUCGUUUCCUGCAUGACGCUGCUGAACGCGAACGCACUGUUUGGUGUUACGCUGAGCAUCUCGUACCUGGUGCUUUGCAUUACGGGUGUGAUUGCGUUCCAGGUGGCCGGUGGGACGGUCGCUUCUUUCCGAAAGUUUCUCACUUGCAAGUGA